AAACAACCACCAACUAAACACAUCACAUAAUUAAUUCCCCACCCCUUAAAAACUACCUCAACACAUGAAAACUCCUAUUUAAAAACCCAUAAAAACCCACAUCUUCCCCACACCCCAAAACUCUCAACUCCCCCAAAAAAAAUGUCAGCCCAAUUCAUCGAAAAACACCGUGAAGGUGCAGAAAUAUACACAGGUGCACAAAUUUGCAAGCAAAAAUCAUUAGAACUUUUAUUAGAGAUCAACAUGCCAAAUGGUCUUCUUCCAAUGGAUGACUUUGAAGAAGUUGGGUAUAAUCGGUCAACCGGGUUCGUAUGGUUAACCCAAAAAAAACCGGUUCAACACAAGUUCACCAAGAUAGGGAAACAAGUAUCUUAUGAUACUCAUGUUACUGCUUUUGUUGAGAAUCAAAGGAUGAAAAAACUUCAUGGUGUUAAAGCUAAAGAACUUUUGAUUUGGAUUUCACUUAAUGAAAUUUACAUUGAUGAUCCUGCUUCUGGUAAAAUUACCUUUGGUACUCCUACUGGUAUUUCACGUUCUUACCCGAUUUCUGCUUUUGAAGAGGAGAAGAAAUGAACAUAAUAUGUACAUCAUCAGCUAGUAACGUUACGCCCACGCAACGACACCAUUUAUCUAAAAUCCUGGAUCCGCCCCUGAACAUGAUCAUAAGUUGCUAGCUGUUUAACAGAGGAUGUUUAGAUGUGAUCUUAUAUGUUGUUUUCAAGUUAAAAGAGUAAUUGUAUGUUUUUAUGUUUUUGACUUUUACUAAUUUAUGUGAUCAGAUUGUCAAUCAGAACAUUAGUAGUUCUAUGUUUGGCUAUAAGGGCCAUUUCGUUGAAUAAGAUAUAUGAAAUCUACGAUUGUAUUGGA